GUCUGAGAUAUUGAAAUGUGGCAGUAUGCUAAAAGCAAACCAUUAAGAUGGUCUGUCCCAAUACUAAGAUAAUACUUUAAAGGAAACACAGCUGUUACGUUUAAAUACGUGUGCGAGUGAUGUCUGAUGAAUCCAAGGACAAAAGGGUAGAUCCUUCAGAACCAGCACAGAAGGAGCAUCAUGAGACAGCCUUAUAUCAGGACAUCAAACCCACUCAGUGGCCCAUCAUCUACUCCCCAGAGUAUAACAUUGGAUUUCUAGGACUGGAAAAACUCCAUCCCUUUGAUGCAGGAAAAUGGGGGAAGGUGUAUGGCUUCUUGAAAGAUGCUGAAAUGAUCCGGGAUGAUACAACAAUACGAGCCACGGAAGCCACAGAAAAGGACUUAUUGGUGGUUCACACCAAAGGUUACAUCAACAACUUAAAACUUUCAUCCAUUAUUGAGGGAGCGGAUGAGUGGAGCAUAAAUGUGGCCGCAAUAACGGAAGUCCCUCCUGUGGCUCUCCUCCCCAACUUUAUCGUCCAGAGGAAAGUCCUCCGCCCAUUCCGGUAUCAGACGGGGGGUACAAUUCUGGCAGGAAAACUUGCCAAGGAGAGAGGAUGGGCAAUCAACAUUGGGGGAGGAUUCCACCACUGCUCGGCGGACCGUGGAGGGGGAUUUUGUGCCUACGCUGACAUUACCUUGUCCAUCAGAUUCAUGUUUGACCGACUGGAGGGGAUAGCUAAGAUACUAAUUAUAGACCUAGAUGCUCAUCAGGGAAACGGUCAUGAGAGGGAUUUCAUGAACGAUGAACGGGUUUACAUAAUGGAUGUAUACAAUAGAGGAAUCUACCCUCAUGAUGGCUAUGCAAAAAGAGCUAUUAAAAGGAAGGUGGAACUUGCUCACUUCACUGAUGAUAAAACCUACCUAACCCUUGUGGACAGACACACUAAUGAGGCCUUGGAGGAGUUCCAGCCCGAUGCUGUCGUGUAUAAUGCUGGGACUGAUAUACUGGAGGGAGACCCCCUAGGGAACCUCUCAAUAUCUGCCCAGGGAAUUAUUGAAAGGGACAAACUUGUGUUCAGCCAUGUGCGAAGUAGAAAUAUUCCCAUUCUCAUGGUGACCAGUGGUGGCUAUCAACGAAGUACAGCACGGAUCAUCGCAGACUCAAUCCUCAAUCUCAAACAGCUUGGACUAAUUGGCUGCAAGGAGGCAGAAAAUGCUCCUAAACCCCGGAUCCGGAUUCCUAGGAGUCAAAGUGAAGGAUUCCUGGCCAGAAUAAAAAGGAACUGUCAAUCACAACCAGAGGCCAAUCCAAACGAAGCAAAUCUGGGGGGAGGCUCCUCAUUGGCAGAAAGUUGAUGGAAGGAUUUGGACCUAAUAACACACUGUGAUAUUUAUUUCUGUUGAUCUCUUGAGUUUUAUUCUUUGUUUUACUUAUUAUUUACUCCUAGGCAAUUCACAGCCUUUACAUGUACAGAUAUCUCUUUUCCAGAAAUUGCUAUAUUUUAUGUAAAAAAGUGAAUUUUUUAUAUGAUGUGAAUUGUAAACUGCAUAAAUGAUUCAUGCCUCUGUGAAUUUACCCAAAGCCUAUGUAUAUUUUUUUUAAACCUAAACCAUUCCACACCAAUGCUGAAUAUCUCGUACAAUGCUUUUUACUCAUGCACUUGAAAUGUUGAUGUUGACAGAUGUAUUGUGCAAUAUUAAGUUUCUAUGCUUAUAUAGAUUGUAUGUUAACUAAUUAAAGAAUUUUAUUACCAAGAUGAGUCAUACUGAUCAAAUGAAACUGUCUGUUUGUCAGCCAAUUUGAUCACUGGUUUUAUUCCAUUUACAUGUAAUAGUAUACUUGUACAUGGAAUAAAACCAUGUAAUAAUAUAUUUAUGUAAAAAUGUUAUUUAUUGAAGCAAAUUUACUCUAAAUGUUUUAUACAAGCAAUGUAUAAAUAAAUUGAUAUCUCGAUGGAUAUCUAGCAUAAACAAGUGUGUAGAACGGGAAUGUCAUGGUCCAGUAUUAAACUAAUGUUGUCCUAAUGGGACAGAUACAUGUACCCCCACCAAAACAUUAAAGCCACUUCUAUGUACCUAAUGUAUCUACAGUAUGAAUAAGAAAUGUUCAAAUUAGUACCGGUAGAUGGAAUUGCGUCUGCCUUUAGUGUAACAUUUCAUGCAUGUAAUAUUGAUCAAGUCUGAAGUUAAAUACAAAGUGUACUUACUAGGCUUUCUAUAAUAAACUGUUUUGUCACAGACUAUGACUUUAUAUACUUUUGUGAUUAAAACAAUAUAUAAGGUCAAGUGACUGUGUGCUUUCUAUACACAAGUCUCUAUAAUAAUGGAUUAUACCAUAUAUAACAUAGUAUUAAAAAGUUAAAAUGAAUUCACUUUAAGUGUUUUUAUUAAUUUAUAUAUAUACAUGUGUAUAUUGUUUUUCCUUAGUAUGUUUGAUAAAUAAGCGACAACUGUU